UUGAAAUUUAUGCACCCGUUCGGAAUCUCGCAUCGUCGGACGGCCCCGUACGAGCAGCAGCACUAGGUACUGGGAAGCAGAAGUACAGACAGUUCGGGCCUGUUGGGGACGCCUGUGUCGAAGACCACCACCAGCUGUGUGUGAGUGGGACUUUUUUGGUCCGGAUUAUUCUGGAUUUGUUUUUGGAGGCGAUUCUGUGGGAAUCUGUGUGUGAGGGAGUCUGGAGACCCCCGCGGAACAGUCACCUGUUUCGAGUGGUGUGAUGUGUGUUUUCUUGAAGAACGGAGAAGGAUUGGUUGACAGAUUUUCCGGCGGCACAUCUGUGUGAACUUUGUAGUGGUGGUGGUGGUGGUGGUGGAGUGUCCAGCAAGAAUCUCUUUGCAUCCAUUAUUGAUGGGGGAGACUGCGAAGAUCGGAAUGGUGCCGGAGGCCACUGGGCUGCUGAAUAAAUGAUAGUACUUUGUCUCCUCCCAGGACCUAUCCCAGCUGUGUUGGCAAAACGAGAGUCUCGAACUUGUCGUCGAAGGUCCCGGUCCAGCAUCCGACGGGCUGUUUUGCUGUGUGAGUGUCUGCGUGGGGUUGUGAGUUGGCUUUUCCCGUGGAAAAUCCUGCCCGAGUCGACUGACGGCCGGGAAUGAUAACGCUUGAGUACAAUAUUUUAGCCAUCUGUCACGGUGCUACGACGAAUCUGAAGGAUUCGAGUGCCGUUUGCCGAUAAGAUCGCGGUAUAAAUCACACCAAAUCGUGUGUGAGUGUGUGCCCGUGUAUUUGUGUGAAUUUGGUGGGGGAUACAUGGAAAUUCUACCGAACCUGCUCUGAUAUCGCGCGCGCUAGAGAAGAAGAGGCCCAACUAUAUACGUACGCAGAGAGUUUGUGUGUAGGAUUCAAAAAUACAUUUCACCUCACCAUCAGCCGAAAGUGUUGAGGUUAGAGAGUUGAAAAGUUCGGAAAUCGAAGGUAAAAUAUACAUAAAAGAAAUCGAAAGCCAAAAAACGCGUUGAAGGAUACACUCUUUUUCUGGGAUUGAAAGAGACCUCAAGCAACCGGUCAGUGAAAGUGUUGGUGCGAUCCAAUUCGAGAAGGAGAAAGUGUUCCGAAGGAAGAAAAAGGAAGAGUAAAGAAGAAAAACAGCAUAAAUCAGUGACGAAGAAGGAAAAGAGUAUAGAAAAAGUGGUGAAAUGAGAAAAAAAUUGUAAUUGUUAUUGAUCGAGAAGAGAGAGAAAAAAAAGUCCAAAGAAGAAAAGCAGAAUAUAUUAAGGCAAAGGAGUUGAGAAGUGUCGGUGUGUGUGUGCACACGAUCAAAGUGAAAAGGAAACCAGCCGAAGGAAAGAGGAAAAGGAAGGAAGGAAGUUGCGAAGAAGAAGAGUCCAGUCUGGAAGUGAUUUUGGGGUCGUGCCAACUAUACAUUUGCGUGAACGGGCUCGCGUCGAACCUGUAAUUAAUAAUAAUAGUGUGAGGUGAGGAAAACCCAUUCGAACGUGGCAACAAUUGUUUGUGUGCUGCCGCCAGUGUACGUGUGCAAGAUUAAUCAUCAACACCAGCAGCAGCAAAUAUCCAAUCCGAGGAAACCCCAAAGAAUUUCCCGCAAAAGCAAAUUUCCCUCCGUGCCAGCUCGGAAGCAUCCAAACUAAGCAACAAAAAAGAAAAACCAGCAACGUCAAAAAGGAAAAACUUCACUACUCUACAGUGUUUGUGUGUGCACGAGUGUGAGUGCGAGUGCGUGGGGAGGCAAAACUGGCUGGUGUUAGUGGCUCCCCCGAGAAGAGUUUUUCUUUGCUUUAAGGUUUUGCUUCUUCCUGCAUCGAGCGUCGUCGAACUCGUCGUCUUCGGACUACAGGUUUCCAUCAGUUUCCGAAGCAACAAAAAAAAAAAAAAAAACGCAGCACCAGUUUGCUCCCGUUGGAAGUCCCACUGAUGGUGUAACUGAGCCAACAGCAAUAAAGGAAAUGAAUUUGAGCUCGGAAAAUCAUGAUUGAUGGAUUGCAACACUCACCAGGACGACCGGUGAACACCCCCCGGGGCCUCCAGAAUGUUCCGACGGCACCCACUCGGUAGAGACUAGUAGUGUGUACCAAGACCAUCAACCACAGCAACAACACACCAGGCGAGUGUAGGCGAAGCUUGCUGAGCCAGCGACCGUGAAACCAUUCGUGUGGCAUGAGCUGAGGCCACUGCACCAGGACUUCCAUCUCCCCGAGAGAGCGAGAAAGCUCCCUCCAGUAAGCUUUCGCCGCAACGCAACCGGCAUCGUUAGAGCUUAUGACGGCUUAAACCGGAUAUUAUUUUUUUCGCCUUCUGUUCAAAACUCCGGCAAAAGAAGAACAUUCCUCCCCCUCCCCCACCCCUUAGUAUGAGGGCUCGCCGGGGAAAAGCCUCUCGGUAACAAGGAUUUUUUUCUCCUUUACUCCGGGGCGAGUUUGGGGCAGGAAGCGGGCCCAAAAUGGGAGUGAUUAAUCAUCGUCGUCACUGUUGGUCCUAGUGCCACUUAGUUAGUGUGUUUGUGAAGAGUGGAGGGAAGGUGCGCGAGGAAGUGUUUCUGCAACAUUAACGUCAAGAAGCUUGCUUUUUUUCUGUCAGCCACCACAAAUGAUGUUCAAUAUCAUCGCAAUGUUCGUCAUCAGUGCUUGAAGAUUUGUUACUUUAUUUUUCUUUUUUUUUGUAUUCGAGGGAAGCAAGACAACACAGACAGUGAUUAGUGGGUUGCCACGGCAAACAUCCUUCUCGAGGGCAGCAGCGGAAGGUUCGGAUUAGCUCCCUUCCGCGAAUUUCGGGUCGGAUCCGGAUUUGCAUAGGUCACAGGAAGGAAGCAGAAGAAGGAAAAAAUGUGAACUGAGCAGAAAAAUCUCAAGAAUUUGCGCACAGCUUCUCAUUAUUUUUGCUUAGUACAUGCUCUGAGAUCGAGGGUGUGGGAGAAUCAUUAUCAUCAGUGCGGGACGGCUAGGCACCAGUGAAACAAUAAUUAAGGCAGCAAUUGGGUUGAAGCGACGCGUGCAGGGAUCCCGAAUGUCGCGUAAUUGAAUUCUUGCUCGGAAGCUGCAAGAAGGGGGUUCGCUGAAGGGGGUCACGCUGAUUGGCUGGACCAGCUGGAGCGGCGGCGUCCGAUUCACACUUGGGGGACCAUUGAAAAAUUCCACCGAAUAGUAUGGCUUCGGUCGCCGCUUGGUUGCCAUUUGCACGGGCGGCGGCCAUCGGAUGGGUUCCCAUAGCGUCCCACCCGCUGCCAGCGCCACCGGUAUUCAAGGACCGGCUUCGCUCCGAAGACGAGAAACUCAUCAUCAACGUGUCCGGCCGACGCUUCGAGACCUGGCGAACGACCGUCGAGAAGUACCCGGACACGCUGCUCGGCUCGAACGAGCGGGACUUUUUCUACGACGAGUUCACCAAGGAGUACUUCUUCGACCGCGAUCCGGACAUCUUCCGGCACAUACUGAACUACUACCGCACCGGCAAGCUCCACUACCCGCGGCACGAGUGUCUCCUGAGCUACGAUGAGGAGCUGGCCUUCUUCGGGAUCAUGCCGGACGUGAUCGGCGACUGCUGCUACGAGGACUACCGGGACCGAAAGCGGGAGAACGCCGAACGACUGAUGGACGACAAACUGUCCGAAAACAGUGAUAACAAUCUGAUACAGCUGACCAACAUCCGCGAGCGGAUGUGGCGAGCGUUCGAAAAUCCGCACACUUCCACUGCCGCCCUCGUGUUCUAUUACGUCACGGGCUUCUUCAUUGCUGUAUCUGUGAUGGCCAACGUCGUCGAAACGGUCCCGUGCGGGGCCCGGCCCGGCCGUGCCGGCACCCUGUCCUGCGGCGAACGCUACAAGAUCGUCUUCUUCUGUCUCGACACAGCCUGCGUGAUGAUCUUCACUGCCGAGUACCUGCUCCGACUGUUCGCGGCCCCGUGUCGGUGCAAGUUCGUCCGCUCCGUCAUGUCGGUCAUCGACGUCGUCGCCAUCAUGCCGUACUACAUCGGCCUGGGCAUCACCGACAACGACGACGUGUCCGGCGCGUUCGUAACCCUUCGCGUGUUUCGCGUCUUUCGAAUCUUCAAAUUUUCCCGCCACUCCCAGGGGCUGCGGAUUCUCGGCUAUACGCUCAAGUCGUGCGCCUCGGAGCUGGGCUUCCUGGUGUUCUCGCUCGCGAUGGCCAUCAUCAUCUUCGCCACCGUGAUGUUCUACGCCGAAAAGAACGUGGAAGGAACGAACUUCACCUCGAUUCCGGCUGCGUUCUGGUACACAAUCGUCACGAUGACUACGUUAGGUUACGGUGACAUGGUGCCCGAAACCAUCGCGGGCAAGAUCGUGGGAGGCGUCUGUUCGCUGAGCGGUGUGCUGGUCAUCGCGCUACCCGUACCUGUAAUCGUGUCCAACUUCAGCCGCAUCUACCACCAAAACCAGCGGGCAGACAAGCGGAAAGCACAGCGGAAAGCACGACUCGCACGAAUACGAAUAGCGAAAGCAGGCGCGAGUGCGGCGUUCGCGAGUAAGAAGAAGGCUGCCGAGUCGCGGCUAGCGGCGCAGGAGUCUGGCAUCGAACUGGACGACAACUACAACGAUGAAGACAUCUUCGAGCUACAGCAUCAUCAUCUGUUGAGAUGUUUAGAGAAGACUACGGAUCGGGAGUUUGUCGAGCUAGAGACGCAGUACAACGGCCAAACCAAGCGGCCCGGCUCGCCGUCCCCGAUGGCCAGCCCGUCCCACUCGGCCAACACGACGACCGGCGCCGGAACCGGUCUGCUUCAGUCCUGCUGCGGUCGGUGCUGUUCCCAGCGGUACCAGAACUACACGUCGGCGAACCAAUGAUGUCAGGAGGACGAUAUUCCGCUGCGAGAGAGGAAAAAGUCGUAAUUGUAGCCCAAAUCGUCACCACCCGCCCCCACUCUUCCCAGCAGCAGCAGCCCGAACGACCCCUAGGUGGUGGUUUUGCCCCCAUAUUUGGGCCGGGU